AUGCCAACAAAUCCCAACAUGACAGUACGUGAAGGCUAUGUUAGGAACAAAAAGGUGAAAAUCCUAAGAGACACUGGCUGCAGCACUGUACCAAUGAGAACCAGUCUUGCAUCUUCUGGCCAGCUAAAUCUCAUGACGAAAUUCGACUCCGAAUCUAUGGACAGCCCAGAGGCUAUCAUGGCAAAAUUAGACAGAGCCAAUUUCUUUUCCAAGAUUGGCCUCAAUGAAAGUCAUGACCACCUCAGUAUAUUCAGUAAUCGACAACAACCAAAAAAGAAAAGGAAAUCUCGGACAGCUUUCACCAACCAGCAGAUCUUUGAGCUUGAGAAACGAUUUUUAUACCAGAAAUAUUUAUCUCCUGCCGACAGAGACGAGAUCGCUCAGCGUCUACGCCUAACAAAUGCCCAAGUGAUCACGUGGUUUCAGAACAGACGCGCCAAGUUGAAGCGAGAUAUGGAAGAACUAAAGAAGGAUGUCGAAACUGUGAAGAUGCAAACUAUUAUCUUAAAUAAUAUUCAGGAUUUUAGUCUUCUGAAAAAAUCUGGCAUGCACAAAAAUCAAGACUGA